AUGGUUCAAGGAAGCGAGGAUAAGUAUGGCAAUUGCGAAGGUCCCAACUCUCAGUACAUCAAGCUGAUCUCGAGCGAUGGGCAAGAGUUCAUCGUCAAGCGGGAGCAUGCCUUGAGGUCGGGCACAAUCAGAGCCAUGUUGAGCGGACCCUGUCAUAAUGCGGACAAUGAAGUAAACAAAAUCCACUUAAGGUUGAUAUCCUCGCUAGUGUUGAGUAAAGUUUGUAUGUACUUGGCAUACAUACAUUAUUAUUCUAGAAAUCCAACUGGAAUACCAGAGUUCCCCAUCGAGCCGGAAAUAGACAUCGAACUACUGUUGGCCGCCAACUUUUUAGACUGUUAA